AUGGUAUUUAUUUCCAUCACCAUCAUUAGGGGAAUCUUCAAGGUGCCAUCACUGCCUGACUGUUGGUCGAAAAACCUGGGAAGCCCACACAUCAUCGAAACCGUGUUCCGAGGCCGUUUCCAAAACAUCAUGCAUCACCUGCGUUUUGAUGACAGAGACACCCGCAGCGAGCGAGUACAGACUGAUAGGUUUGCUGCAAUUUCAAACAUAUGGGGAUUGUUUGUCACCAACUGCAUCACAUCCUACAUUCCUGGUCAACACAUCACCAUUGACGAACAACUUUUCCCGUGCAAGACUCGCUGCUGUUUCCUACAGUACAUUCCAACUAAACCAGACAAGUUUGGUAUCAAGUUUUGGGUGGCGUGUGACUUGAAAACCAAAUACGUCUGCAACAUCCUCCCAUAUCUUGGCAAGGACCCCACUCGGCCUCGUGGGGAGAGAGUGUCUGAGAGUGUAGUCAUGAGGCUGAUGGAACCAUUCUUGGACAAGAGCAGAAAUGUUACCACAGACAAUUUCUGUACAUCACUGUCACUUGCAAAACGCCUAUUCAGCCGGAACACAACCAUCCUCGGCACAGUCAACAGGAUUCGCCAAGAAAUCCCACCGUCAACUCGACAGAUUCACCGCAGUGAAUAUACCACCCAGGUAUUUUCAUCCACUGGUGCCACACAGACUGUGUAUGCGCCCAAGCGGAAGAAGACUGUGUAUGUUCUCAGCAGCAUCCACAGCACGAUUGAGACAGCGAAAACCACCAAAAAGAAGCCAAACACCAUCACACUCUACAACACAACAAAGUGCGGCGUCGAUGUCAUGGACCAGAUGGUGCGGGAAUACACUGUCCGCGCAGCAACAAGGCGCUGGCCAGUAGCAGUGUUCUACAACAUGAUAGACAUUGCAGCACUGAAUGCCCACGUGCUCUAUCAAUUAUGCACCGGGACAAAGGAAAGACGGGUGGAUUUCCUGUUUGAACUGGCAAGAGAGUUGGCUCACUCCCACGUGGGUAUGAAAAAGGCCCAAAAGGAGCAAUUGCUUCGGCAACAACCCUCCACACCACAACUCGGACAAAGAGCCAAGUGUCAGGCUAAAAUCAAAUGCAAGGACAAUCGUGCAACAGUGUGCUGUGAAAAGUGUUACAAAUACACAUGUGGGAAAUGCCGAAAGGAGCAAUGGCAGUGCCAGAAUUGUUAG